CUUCCCUUCCUUUCCCUUCUCUUUCCUUUCCUUUCCUUUCCUUUCCUUUCCUUUAUCCACAUUCUUCCUUUUGAGCAAUUUUUGAUACGCACACACAUUACACACACAGAGCAGAGUACGACCUUUUCCGAUCUAAAAAAAACAAACAACAAUCAUUCAACUUCAUCCAUUUCUCUUCCCCACUCCUCUCCUUUCACCAUGAACUUUGGAACUGUUGCCCGUCGCGCUUAUUCGACCUCCAGAGCUGCCAUCCCUCCCACCAUUGGCUCCACCAAGGCUAUUGGUUCCCCUAAGGAUUCUGCUCGCAUGGCCAAGGUUGUUAACUUCUACAAAGGUCUUCCUAAUGGCCCUGCCCCUGCCUCUCGUUCCUCCGGUUACCAGGCCCGCUACUUCGAUGGCAAGAACUCGUCCAUGACCCCUGUCUUCCAGACCAUUGCCGCCGUCUUUGCCUUGUCUUACACCAUUGACUAUCAGUUCCAUUUGAAGCACCACAAGAACGUUGCCCACCAUUAAAUGUGCUCUGGAAAAUAAAAAAAAAGAAAAAAGGAUAAAAA